AUGGCCGCAAGCUCGUCCCUCGACCAUCUGAGCAAUCGGAUGAAGCUGGAGUGGCACUCCAAGCUCAACACCGAGAUGGUCCCCGCGAAGAACUUCCGCCGAACCUCCAUCAUCUGUACUAUCGGCCCCAAGACGAACUCCGUGGAGAAGAUCAACGCGCUCCGCAAAGCCGGUCUCAACGUCGUCCGCAUGAACUUCUCCCACGGCUCGUACGAGUACCACCAAUCCGUCAUUGACCACGCUCGCGAAGCCGAGAGGCAGCAGGCUGGACGUCCUGUUGCUAUCGCUCUUGAUACUAAAGGACCUGAGAUCCGUACCGGAAACACUGUCGGAGAUAAGGACUUUCCCAUUAAGGCCGGCCACGAGCUCAACAUUACCACCGACGAGCAAUAUGCCACCGCCUCCGAUGACCAGAACAUGUACCUCGACUACAAGAACAUCACCAAGGUGAUCUCCCCUGGCAAGCUCAUCUAUGUCGAUGAUGGUAUCCUUUCAUUUGAAGUCAUCGAGGUCGUAGACGAUAACACACUGCGCUGCCGAUGCUUGAACAACGGCAACAUCUCUUCCCGCAAGGGUGUCAACUUGCCUGGCACCGAUGUUGAUCUGCCUGCCCUCUCCGAAAAGGAUAUCAGUGAUCUGAGAUUUGGUGUCAAGAACAAGGUCGAUAUGAUUUUCGCUUCAUUUAUUCGUCGUGGAAGCGACAUCCGUCACAUUCGUGAGGUGCUCGGUGAGGAGGGCAAGGAGAUUCAGAUCAUCGCCAAGAUCGAGAACCAACAAGGUGUCAACAACUUUGACGAGAUUCUUGAGGAAACCGAUGGUGUCAUGGUUGCCCGUGGUGACCUUGGUAUCGAAAUCCCUGCUCCCAAGGUGUUCAUCGCCCAAAAGAUGAUGAUCGCCAAGUGUAACAUCAAGGGCAAGCCUGUUAUCUGUGCCACUCAGAUGCUCGAGUCCAUGACAUAUAACCCUCGCCCGACUCGUGCCGAGGUUUCCGAUGUCGCCAACGCUGUUCUCGACGGUGCCGACUGUGUCAUGCUUUCAGGAGAGACCGCCAAGGGUAACUACCCUUGCGAGGCUGUCACAAUGAUGUCCGAGACCUGUCUGCUCGCUGAGGUUGCCAUUCCUCACUUCAACGUUUUCGAUGAGCUGCGCAACCUCGCUCCUCGUCCCACUGACACUGUCGAGUCGAUCGCCAUGGCUGCCGUGAGUGCCAGUCUUGAGCUCAACGCGGGAGCGAUUGUUGUUCUCACCACUAGCGGUAACACUGCUCGCAUGAUCUCCAAGUAUCGUCCCGUCUGCCCCAUCAUCAUGGUUUCUCGCAACCCCGUCGCUUCAAGGUACUCACACUUGUACCGCGGUGUCUGGCCCUUCCUCUUCCCCGAGAAGAAGCCCGACUUCAACGUCAAGAUCUGGCAGGAGGAUGUCGACCGUCGCCUCAAGUGGGGUAUCUCGCACGGUCUCAAGCUUGGCAUUAUCAACAAGGGCGACAACAUCGUCUGUGUGCAGGGCUGGCGCGGUGGCCAGGGCCACACCAACACCGUCCGUGUGGUCCCCGCCGAGGAGAACCUUGGUCUCUCUGAGUAA